AUGGCCACCCACCACAUUUUCAAACGCAUUCUUCUUCAUCCUCCCUCCACAUCCGUCCGAUUCAAAACCACCUCAGUCCAAUAUGUAGCCUCCAGAGCCAGAGAUCCCACAUUCGAGAAGCUCAUGGACAACUACAAAAACCUACUCAAAGUCAUCGCCGUUCAAGACCUCAUCCUUGCAAACCCUAAAAACCCCACUGUCUCCCUCCAAUUCCUCUCCAAUCUCUCCCAAAAACUCCACCUCAACCGCGGUGCUGCCUCCUUCCUCCGCAAAUACCCCCAUAUUUUCCACAUUUUCUAUGACCCAUCCAAGUCCCUGCCCUUCUGCAAAUUGACUGACGCCGCAAUCAAAAUUGCCCGCCUAGAAGCGGCUGCAAUACGCGGUUCGAUGCCCAUUGUGGUGGACCGGUUGGUUCGGCUGCUGUCCAUGUCCACGGUGGCGAGAUCGUUGCCGCUUCGAGCGAUUUUCAAGGUUUGGAGGGAGCUUGGCCUUCCUGAUGAUUUCGAGGACUCGGUAAUAUUGCAAAACCCCCAUCUUUUUAAGCUUUGUGAUGGCAAUGAACCGAAUACUCAUUUGUUGAAGCUUGUAAGUGUAAUUCCUAGUGGUAAUUUGAGGGCUGCAGUUGAGAAUUGGAGGAUUAUGGAGUGUUGUAAGGAGGAUUGUGGUUCUAGUGUUGAUCCACUCGAACUUCGGUUUAGUUUCAAGCAUGGGUUUCCUCCGGGAAUGAGGUUGGGGAAGAACUUUAAGGCCAAGGUUAAGGAGUGGCAGAGGCUGCCGUAUGUGGGGCCGUAUGAGGAAAUGGGGGAGAAGAAGAAGUCUAAGUCUGGAAUCAUGGGGUUGGAGAAACGGGCAGUUGCAAUUGUUCAUGAAUUUUUGAGUUUGACAGUGGAGAAGACGGUGGAAGUGGAGAAGAUUAGUCAUUUUAGGAAAUGGUUUGGGAUUGAUUUGAAUAUAAGGGAUUUGUUUUUGGACCACCCUGGGAUGUUUUAUUUGUCAACCAAGGGAAAGAGGCAUACGGUUUUUUUGAGAGAAGCUUAUGAAAGGGGUUGUUUGAUUGAUCCAAAUCCUGUGUAUGAUGCUAGGAGGAAGCUUCUUGAUCUUGUUGUUUUGGGACGCCAUGGAUUAUUUUCCAGUGAUUCAACACUCCAGGACAUGGAUAGUUGUGAGGAGGGUAAGUUGCAAGAGGAGGGCGGCAACGGUUGAAGUCAUGAUGACAUCUUACAUGUGACUGGGAGUUACAAUUGUAAAUUGUGGAUGAAGUUUUCAGAUUGGGAAAGGCCCCAGCCUCAGGAUACUCAAUUGCAGGAAGAAGGUUGAAAUUUAUACUAAAAUGAAGUUAGAAAAGCCAAAUGAAGAAGGUUCAAUGGAAAUGUGUGAUUGUCCAAACACGUAUGGAUGGUUUUAUGUAUGUUUGUUGGCAAUGGCAAGGUUGUGACAUUAGAUGGUAACUUAAAUCUCUUGCCAAGGGAAAACCUUAAUUUGUUUACAGUUUCUUUUGGGCUAAAGGUGUUGAAGAUGGAGGAUACACAAUUCCUUUGAAAGAAUUAACUACCAGAUGUUUGUACCAUCUUGAAUUGAGCAUUUAAACUAACCAGGCUAACAAGGCUUUUCCAUUGGUUGUUGAAUGUAUGAAACAAGAACUACUGAUGAUGUAAAAAUGUGGUGGUGGAAACAGAAAGCAGUAGUAAGAUUCUUCACAGGCCUCUCUGUCUGGAACCAUUCUUUAUCAGAUGCUCCAGAGUUAAGCACCUUCUCAACUGAGUACUGUGAUGAAUUGAAGUGAGGCCUUGGGAGAAAAUGGGUCUUGAUCCAGGGCAACUUGAGGAGAUUAAUAGAGGAAGUUCAUAUCCAUAAAGGCAAUGCCGUUGUGUUGUUUCUCUUGGUUCCAAUGUUGAAGGGGGUGGGAAUGAUUUUUCUUGAAUUAAUGGGCCUACCUAAGACUCUGAAAAGGUCUUCUUGGUUUCUGUGGUGAUGCUCAAGGAUGAACAAUGAAGAUAGGGGAUUUCAUUUUUAACAGUCUCAUGGCUAUUAAUUCUCCAAUAUGAUGGUUUUCAGAUUUAUCCUCUUAAAAAUAUUUGAUUUGUGAGGUUGUAAAAAUUGGUGACAUAAGCUUGGAGGUGAGACUGGAUUUCAAUUUAAAUACUUAAUUCUUCUUGUC